AGCAUGCCACUGCAGAAAUGGCCAGAUAAAAAGCAAGACCAGAAGAGACCCAUAAGACAUGGCUACCUUUUCUCUUCUACCGAAAACCAUAUCUCCAUUUCUGAAAACCCCACCUUCUUCCCCAUCAUCUAACGCACUCAAACCAUCGCUCUUUCUCCCACUCGAUCACCCAUGGUGGACCAGGACACCCACCAAUGUCAUAGUCCAGGCGAAGAAGAAGAACCCGUGGCUGGACCCUUUUGAUGAUGGUGAGGACCCAGAAAUGGAGUAUGGCUCAUUGUUUGCAGAUGGAAAGCAAGAAGAAGAUCCCAGACCACCUGAUAACCCCAACAACCCUUAUGGCUACUUGAAGUUUCCACAAGGGUUUAAUGUGGAAAUCGCGUCUUUGCCUUUGAAGAUCAGAGGUGACGUGAGGAGGUGCUGCUGCGUGAUUUCUGGUGGUGUCUAUGAGAACUUAUUGUUUUUCCCUGCUAUUCAGUUGAUCAAGGAUAGGUAUCCAGGAGUUCAAGUGGAUGUAUUGGCAUCUGCAAGAGGGAAACAGACGUACGAAUUGAACAAGAAUGUGAGAUGGGCUAAUGCUUAUGAUCCUGAUGAUGAAUGGCCUGAGCCAGCUGAGUAUACUGACAUGGUUGGAGUGCUCAAGAACAGAUAUUAUGACAUGGUGCUAUCAACCAAGCUAGCAGGGCUUGGACACGCAGCAUUCUUGUUUAUGACGACAGCAAGAGAUAGAGUUAGCUAUAUUUAUCCAAAUGUAAAUGCAGCAGGAGCAGGAUUACUUCUAUCAGAAACUUUCACGCCUGAUAGUCUGAAUCUUUCAGAAGGGGGAUAUAACAUGUACCAUCAAAUGCUUGAUUGGUUAGGGCGGCCAUUUCGCAGUGUGCCAAGGCAUCCUGUGCCGCCACUUAGAGUGUCAAUUUCUAGGAAGUUGAAGGAGGUUGUAGCUGAAAAAUAUAGGACUGCAGAUGCGGAAAAAGGAAAAUAUAUUGUGAUUCAUGGAAUCGAAUCAGAUUCAAAAGCUUCAAUGCAGUCAAGAGGAGAUACUGAUUGCUUGCUACCUAUUCAAGUAUGGGCUGAAAUAGCCAAGGAUGUAAGGGGACUGAGGCCAGUUUUUGUCAUUCCACAUGAGAAAGAAAGAGAAAAUGUGGAGGAAGUUGUAGGAGAUGAUGCAAGUAUUAUCUUCAUCACCACGCCGGGGCAGCUGGCUGCUCUAAUCAACGAUUCAGCUGGGGUGAUAGCUACAAACACAUCAGCUAUCCAACUAGCUAAUGCACGUGAAAGACCCAGUAUUGGGCUGUUUGGAUCUGAAGACAAAGGGAAACUAUUCGUUCCCAAUGCGGAAGAGAAGAAGUGUACUGUUGUUUGGUCGAAGACAGGGAAGUUAAUAGACAUUGAGGUUGAGGCAGUGAGAAAUGCUAUGCAAAUUUUCAAUGUGUCCCUAGCUAUAGCCUAGAAGGAGAAGAGGAGGAAGAAGAAGAAGAAGAAGAAGAAGAAGAAGAAGCAGAAGAAGACACUUCCCCCCAUUUUCAUUCAUUGUUUCCUUAUAUAUUGAAUCUGUAUAUUUGUAAUUGAAUAUCUGAAAUAAAAUGGAUUAUAAAGUGCUUCCUUCCUUCCA